AUUGUUGGAAGAGAAGGGUUUGUAUGCAGAGAGUGAGAGAGAGAGAGAGAGAAGACGAUGGGGGCAGCAGAUAAGGAAAUCAAUACAUAUAGAUUAUAUGUAUUACAUAGAUAGAUUUGGAUUGGAAUUAGAAUCAGAAUAAGAACAGAAUCUCAAUUCAAUUCCUCUUCCCCACUUCUCUUCUGUCCCCCUCAUUCCAAAUCUCUUUUUCUGAACUUCUCUUUGGACUCUUCCUUUUGCUUCAGGGUUUCUUCCUUCUCUGCAUCCAAUCAAAGGAAAAGCACAAUUCUUUCCCUCCUUUUCGGCAACCCCAUCACGCAUUCUGCUUCUAAAACGCCAAAAUAAUUCUUCUCUGUCGUUUCCUUCUACUUGGCUCUCUUCUAGGGUUCUUCUUUUUUCACCCUUUUCACUUCAAAUCCACCCUCUUCACUCCAAUCGCACCACACAAUUCCCUUCUCAUACUCUAAACUCUGUCUCUAGGGUUCUUAGACCAUUCUCUUAACCUUUUUAUCACAAUGUGGAGGAGUUCCUUAAGCAUUUAGAACAUUCUAUUUGUGAACUGCUUCAGGGACUGUUUUCUGUUUCAGGUGUUGUUUUUUCCAACAGCAUAGCCUCUCUCCGAAACAUGGGUUGUGUCCAUGGCAAGUGUUGCUGUGGUGAGCAUACUUCAUCAGACGAUGGUUCUACGGAUUACCGAGAAACCGGCUUCGUUCGUAGCCACAGGAAAAACAUACUCGCACAGAGAUCACUGAAGCGUGCUCCUGUUCCUUCUCACAACUUCAUUUUGGAAUACACUUUUUUCACUCAGCGAGGGUACUACCCCGACUCACCUGAUAAAGAAAACCAAGAUAGUUUUUGCAUUAGUACAAAUCUCCAAGGUAACCCCAAUGUUCAUUUCUUUGGCGUCUAUGAUGGGCAUGGUCAAUUAGGUAGUCAGUGUUCAAAUUUCGUUAAGGAGAGGCUGGUAGAGAAGUUGGUUAAUGACCCUGCAUUCUUGGAGGAUCCUGUCCAAGCUUACAAUUCUGCAUUUUUGGCAACGAACCAAGAAUUACGUAGUAGUAAUGAGAUUGAUGAUUCUAUGAGUGGUACCACCGCGAUAACGGUGCUUGUUAUCGGUGACACCCUUUAUGUUGCUAAUGUUGGUGAUUCGAGAGCGGUGCUGGCUGUUAAGGACGGGAACCGCAUUGUCGCGGAGGACUUGUCCUCUGAUCAGACGCCGUUUCGGAAAGAUGAAUAUGAGAGAGUGAAGCUCUGUGGGGCAAGGGUUUUGAGUGUUGAUCAGGUGGAAGGGCUCAAGGAUCCAGAUAUCCAGAGUUGGGGUGAUGAAGAGAGUCGGGGUGGUGAUCCUCCCAGAUUGUGGGUUCCUAAUGGGAUGUAUCCUGGAACUGCUUUUACGAGGAGUAUAGGGGAUAGUUUAGCAGAGACAAUUGGUGUCACUGCUCUUCCUGAGGUGAAAACUUUUCAGCUUACACCUGAUCAUCUUUUCUUUGUGGUGGCAAGUGAUGGCAUAUUUGAAUUCCUGACAAGUCAAACUGUUAUUGAUAUGGCAGCAAGCUAUAUGGAUCCUCGUGAUGCAUGUGCGGCUAUUGCAGAAAAAUCAUAUAAACUAUGGUUGGAACUUGAGAACAGAACAGAUGAUAUAACAAUUAUCAUUGUUCAGAUCAAAGGUUUCUCUAAUUCAGGUACAUUUAGAGUUGGAUCAGAUGACAUAAAUGUUGGCGCUGUACUGAAUUCCAGGACAGGAACUCCUGAGAUACCCGCUGCACAUGAAUCUGAUGUUCAUCGUUCUGUCAGAACCAGUUUCUCAGAGUUGCACUCUGAUCAGCCUGAGGCUUCAGUGAUGGGCCCAGUUCACUCUGCAGAAUGUCCAAGACCAAUUGAAUGAGUAUGAUGUCAAUCCAAAGAAGAUUGUUGAUUUGUUUCAUGUCAAUCGUUUAUAUCAUCAUGAUGAUCUAUAAAGUGAUUGAAGAGAGAGAGGCUUUACAGAAGCUUCACCAUUUCCAUGUUCCAACUUCCUGAACAUUUUGCAUUACUCUUGUACAUUUACUGGUCACUUACAUUAGACUGCUCAAGGCUAACACCAUACCAGGCUUGAGGUGGCUCUAUCUUUGCAGCAAAAGGAAUUUGUUCAGAAUGUAAAAUCAGUUAUUCCAAAUUUCAGAAACACCUCAGGAAAAAGAACACUUCUGCUCACCUUCCUGUGAUGCUCUACAGAUAUGAUCUUUUGAAGGGAAGGGAAUCAAUAACGAACUGAAAUGAAAGGAGAUUGGAUUUUGAGUCAUGGAAGAAACUGGUAAGAUGCUCACUGCUCAACCUGGGACGCAGACAGAUACCACUUGACAUUUAAGUGCAUUGCCUUCAUUAUCCUGUAGAUGUUGUAUCCAAUUUGUGUGUAUUGCCAACAUGUCUAGAUUAUUGGUUCAUACCUUAACAAAUUAAUUUCAUAUUAACGACAAAAAAA